CAUGAGCAUGUCUGCAUAGCUCGCCGUCGAUCAAGAAGCAGAUUAGUUCUGUAGAAUUCAGCGAUUGAUUUGUGUUUUCUGAAGAGUUGUUAAAUGUCAGGCGGCUCAGCAGUGGGGGCACCGAUUCCAGGUCGCCGGACUACCGUCCGAGUUGUGGUGGUCGGUGAUCGUGGCUCUGGUAAAUCAAGCCUAAUCGCGGCAGCUGCCUCAGAGAAUUUUCCGGAAAGCGUUUCACCUGUUCUUCCUCCUACUCGUCUUCCUGCGGAUUACUAUCCGGAUGGCGUUCCGGUAACCAUCAUCGAUACUGCGUCUAGUUUGGAAGGUAAAGCUAAACUAGAGGAAGAAUUGAAGCGAGCUGAUGCGGUGGUGAUUACAUAUGCUUGUGAUAAACCUGAAACACUCAAUCGCGUUCAGACUUUCUGGAUUCCUGAAGUUCGUCGCUUGAAGGUCAAGGUACCAGUGAUUGUGGUUGGUUGCAAGCUAGAUUUGCGUGAUGAACACUACCCCAUGAGUCUAGAGCAGGUGAUGGCUCCAAUAAUGCAACAGUUUAGGGAGAUAGAAACUUGUAUAGAGUGUUCCGCAGCUAACCUUGUCCAGGUACCUGAGGUGUUUUACUAUGCCCAAAAAGCAGUGCUUCAUCCAACAGCCCCCUUGUUUGAUCAAGAAUCUCAAACUCUAAAACCCCGAUGCAUUAGAGCAUUGAAAAGGAUAUUUAUUCUGUGUGAUCAUGAUAUGGACAGUGCSCUAAAUGAUAGUGAGUUGAAUGAAUUUCAGGUUAAGUGUUUCAAUGCUYCUCUACAACCUGCUGAAAUAGUGGGUGUUAAGAGAGUUGUGCAGGAGAAGGUGCCUGAAGGGGUCAACGAACUUGGGCUUACCCUAACAGGAUUUCUUUUUCUUCAUGCGCUGUUUAUUGAAAAAGGCCGCCUUGAGACGACGUGGAGCGUCUUGCGUAAAUUUGGUUACAAUGAUGACAUUGAACUCCGGAAGGAGAAUCUUCCUGUUCCAUCUAAAAAGGCUCCUGACCAGAGUGUUGAGUUGACUAGCGAAGCUGUGGACUUCCUGAUGGGGAUUUUCAGUUUGUUUGAUUCUAACAAUGACGGGGCCCUUCAAGACUCUGAGCUUGAUGAGCUGUUUUCAACUGCGCCAGAAAGUCCUUGGGAUGAAGAUCCUUACAAGAGUAGCUUAGAGAGAACCGAAUUAGGGGAUAUAAGACUUUCUGGAUUCCUCUCUCAGUGGGCCCUAAUGACAUUACUCGAUCCAGCAAAAAGUUUGGCCUAUCUGAUAUACCUGGGAUAUACUAAUGAUCCUGCAACAGCACUCCAUCUUACCAGGAAAAGAACGUUAGAUGUUAAAAAACAACAAUCGGACAGACAUGUUUUCCAGUGCCUUGUAUUUGGACCAAAAAAUGCUGGCAAGUCUGCACUGUUAAGUUCAUUUGUGGGAAGGCCUUUCCAACAAUCAUAUACGUUAACCAGCAAUCAAUGUUAUACAGUCAAUGCUGUUGAUCAGCUUCGGGGAACAAAGAAAACUCUUAUAUUGCGUGAAAUUCAAGAAGAUGAAGUCAAACCGUUUCUAUCUAGCAAGGAAUCCUUGGCUGCCUGUGAUGUAGCAGUUUUUGUUUAUGACUGUUCGGAUGAAUAUUCCUUAAAAAGAUCAUCAGAAUUGCUUAUGGAUGUCGCUAGACGAGGUGAAGAUACUGGUUAUGGCGUCCCUUGUCUCUUCGUUGCUGCUAAGGAUGACUUGGAUUCUUACCCAAUGGCAAUCAAGGAUUCGGAAGCGAUUUGUCAGGAAAUGAAAAUAGAUGCACCCAUCCAUAUCAGCGUAAAGGAAAGAGACAUGAAUAACAUCUUUUGGAGAAUUGUAAACGCAGCUGAGCGCUGUUAUUUGAGCGUCCCUGAAACUGAAUAUGGGAGAAACAAGAAGCAAUACCGUCGGCUCGUUAAUCGUUCUCUCAUGUUUGCUUCUGUUGGAGCUGCUGCGGCUGUAAUAGCAUUGGCGGCAUACCGAGCCUAUGCAGCAAGGAAGAGCCAUUCCGCCAGUUAGCUUAAAGCAUUAGCAUCUUCCCCAACUGCUGCACCAUAGGAAUCAAAAUAAGCGGUUGGUUUGCUCUAUAUUUUUACCCUCUUUUAAACUACAUCUGUACAAAAGAAUAGUAUCAGAUCUCCAACAAGUAUAAUCAUCUUUGGAAGUUUU